AUGGCUCGGGGUGUGCUCUGUGCCCUGCUGCUGGCGCUGGGCUGCGCCCUGGGCCGGGCAGGGGAGUAUUGCCACGGCUGGACGGGGGGUCCCCAGCGCUGGCACCGCGGCUUCCAGUGCCCCGAGCGCUCGGACGGCCCCCUGGCCACGCUGUGCUGCGGCUCCUGCAGCCUCCGCUACUGCUGCUCGGCCCCCGAGAGCCGCCUGGACCAGGGCAGGUGCCCCGGGGAGCCCCUGCCCAGCCCCAGGACCCCCGUGCCAGUGCCCGUGUACCUGCCUUUCCUCCUCGUCGGCUCCGUCUUCGUGGCAUUUGUUGUUGGCGGCGCCUGCAUUGGAAUUUGCUGCUGCAAAUGCUUCAAAUCCCGAGCUGAGGGGCAGCAAAGUGGGCUUGCACCCGGCCAGACUUGGCUGCUAGAGCCUGACGUUCCUUCUGGCCUCCCCAGCUCUGCCCCCAGGGGCUCCCUGGGCAGCGCUCCAAGCAGCAUCUGCACGGCUCUGCCUCCACCCCUCCCUGUCCUCGGGCUGACUCAAAACCCUCGGUUCUUCUCCCCUCCACGCACUAGUGCACAGCUCUCACACCCUUCCCGUGCUCUCCACGGGAUCCCAAGGGAUCACACUUCAAUCCUGGCUCCGGCACCGUUUCUUAAAACAACAAUUCAUGGACAUGGUGCUGAGGCAGGUCUUGGGGUGGCACAGGGUAAGCCAGGGAUGUUCUCAGCAGUUCAUGUCUGACUGCCACUCACAGCACCCACCUGCAUCUGCCUCACGGUCAUCGUGACUACUUUGGGACUGAAUUGAGGACUUGGAAAUAUUUGGUGCUAUUAGGAAGUGCAUCGGUUUUGGCUUUUUACAGCUCUGAAGGCACCAUUUCAGAACUUAUUUUAGCUUCUUGGCGUUUUUCACUUGUAUUAUUUUAAUGCUGCCAAAAAAGGGAAAAUUCUGAGCCUUGCAUACCUGCUCAGGGAACAACUGGAGCUCCAAAACUGAGUCUCACCCUCCCCUGAUCCUUUCAUGCUCUGGGGGACAUGUCAGAGGACUUGGUUUCAAUUCCUGCAGCUGAGGACUGGGAGGUGCCUUAGUGGAAUUAUUAAUUGUGGACACCCAAGAGCCUGCACAGCACAGGAGAACUGUGCUGAACCUGCAGGCUCGGACCAGUCAAUUGAUGGUAAAACACUGCCCGUGGCUGGGCUGCCCCCGCUGGACCCUCAGUCAAGCUGUGCUGCUAAAGGAGCAACUUUUAGCCAAAAUUUCAGUGAUAUUUACAUUUUGUACAGAUGCUACA